AUCUCUUUUGACGAUAUAUCGUUUACCGCAACAAACAAACCCAGCAGUCCUUCCAUAAAUCCGAAACCAAAAAAAAAUAAUAAUAAUAUGGAAGAGGAUUCAGCAAUGAACAGCAGUGUGAAGCCGAAGUGAGAGACAGAGAGAGAAAAGUUGCAGUUGCAGUUCUCUGUUCUCUCUUCUUCUUCAUCUUCUACUCGGACAGUACCAAUAGUAAUAGUACCCGUAUAUCACACUAAAAUUAAAAACCCUUUUAACAUCAGCAGAAGAAUCACCACUACUCCUGAAAGAUUAGAAAAUAGCGUUGGAUUAGAGAGGAGAAGAAGAAGAAGAAGAUGGGAAUAUUACAGGACGAUGUGGUGAUCAUAAGGCAGCCAGACAAAGAAGGUGGCCCAACCGUCAUAACCGUGAAUUGCCCUGACAAGACUGGUCUUGGUUGUGAUCUGUGCCGCAUCAUUCUCUUCUUUGGUCUUAGCAUUGUGCGAGGAGAUGUUUCAACGGAUGGGAAAUGGUGCUACAUAGUGUUGUGGGUGGUGGGGAGAGAGAAGACAAGGUGGAGUUUGUUGAAGAAGAGGCUAAUUGGGGCAUGCCCUUCUUGCUCCUCUGCCUCUGGAAUCUCAUAUUACCGCUCUGAGUUGCAGCAACCACCGAAGCCCCCUGAUGUCUUCCUCUUGAAGUUUUGUUGCCAUGAUCGUAGAGGCCUUUUGCAUGAAGUUAUAGAGUUAACCAUAAAGAAGGUGAAGGUAUCUACUACACCUGACGGCAAAGUGAUGGAUCUGUUUUUCAUCACCGACACAAGGGAACUUCUGCAUACACCAAAAAGAAGGGACGACACGAUUCAACAGUUGACAGAUACUUUGAAGGAUGCGUUAAUUUCGAUUGAAAUUGAAUUGGUUGGUCCAGAAAUUGCUGCUUGCUCUCAAGCAUCCUCAUUUCUUCCAACUGCCAUCACAGAAGAUAUAUUCAAUUUGGAAUUGCCCGAUCCUGGUCGAGGUGGGGUUUUCACAUCAGAUUCUAUCUCCAUUGUUAUGGACAAUUUGCUGAGUCCUUCCCACACACUUGUCCAAAUUAUGUGCCAAGAUCACAAAGGUCUUCUUUAUGACAUCAUGAGAACUCUGAAGGACUAUAAUAUUCAGAUUUCUUAUGGACGCUUCAUGACAAAACCUAGAGGAAAAUGUGAGCUUGACUUGUUCAUCAUGCAAGCCGAUGGCAAAAAGAUAGUCGACUCGAGCAAGCAGAAGUCUUUGUCUGCUCGCCUUAGGACCGAGCUACUCCGUCCUCUCAAAGUCACUGUUGUGAGCAGGGGCCCUGAUACGGAGCUACUGGUCGCAAACCCCGUGGAGUUGUCCGACAAGGGACGGCCUCUUGUGUUUCAUGAUAUUACUCUUGCACUUAAAAUGCUAGGCAUAUGCAUCUUUUCGGCUGAAAUCGGAAGACAUGCAAUUGGAGACCGGGAAUGGGAAGUUUAUAGAAUCUUGCUGGAUGAAGGGGAGGGAUCGCCACUUCCAAGGAACAAGAUUGAGAAAGGUGUAUGGAAUAUGUUGAUGGGCUGGGAGUGAUCCGUGGUUUGGGCAUUGUUCCCUUUUGAAUGGAUUGGUGCCCAUACAGAUAACAACCCUAUUAAUCUCACAGCAAACCUGCUAAGUAACCUGUCAUUUUCAUAUUGAUAAGUCGUUAUAACUUUUCUGGUACAUUCAUAAAUCAAUGUAUUUGAAUGCAAUUUGUAUAUAUGCAUUCAUUUAUGAGUGUACAAGAAAAGUGAAACAACUUGUUGGUAUGAAACGGAUGGAGACUGUAACAGAUGCAACUGUAAAAUAUCUUUGCUGCAAAUCGUUUUAUUUUGUUCUAUAUUUUAGAGCUUAUGUUUCUGUAGACUGUAGUAUUCUAACUUGAUCUGUAAAUAGAAAUGAGAAAAGCAAGGUGUACUAGUCAGACCAUAUUAUAAAUGAAAUUAAAAUAUUGUAAAGUUGUUAUAUAUA